AUGUCGAUUGCUCGCUCGUUUCCAGCGAAACGGUAUCGAUAUUUACAUGAGAAACGUUUGCAGCGUAGAGCAGUCAGCCUGGUUAGCCUACUUCAAAGGCAAGCUCCAAGUCUAGGAGCUUUGAUCAAACAGAAGUGCCAUCAGGAUGAAAGGCCUUCCUGCGCAUCCCAGGUUUCACAGCAGCCUGAUAACAGUGAGGGAGCAGCAACAAUCGCAUGCCCAGCCAAAGCCAAACAAGGUUCAUCAGUGGAGGAUACAAAGGCAGGUUUGGGAGCAAGUUAA